AUGGACGUCGAGGCGCUUGAAAACGGCGGUGGGGGAAUUCCGUACAGUCAGGAAAUCGACGACGAGCAGGAAAUUGAUUUGGACGAAGAGCAGGAAAUUGAUUUGGGAGCCGAACCGAUGCAGGUAGAAUCCCAAAUUCGAGAUGGUCAGGGCAAACGAAGGACUUGGCACGAGUCUCAGUUAGAUUUGGCUGGCAUGUCCUUGGCGGACCUUGAUUUUGAGGAUGGAUACGACAAACCAUCACAGCUUCUUGCGGAGCAGAACAGUGCCGGUUUCAACCACGAAGAGAACUCGGAAGAAGACGGCAGUUGCAGCCGCGACAGCGUGCUUUCCGCACAAGCACGAGAAGAAGCGCUUCGAGACGGAUUAUUCCAGGGUGUUAUCUGGGACCAGAUCCAUGGCUUUAUGGGGAUGAUAAUUUACUUCUUGUUUGAUGUCUUGGUGGGGGGGCUGAAGCGACUCUUUCACUACGCCACGAAAUGGUGCAGAUCAUCCGAGCCAGAAGAAGAACCCAUCCCUGACACGCCUGCUCAGGGUAGACGUAGCCUUGCUACCUUCUCCCAAGAGUCAUCGCGCUCUCUUGUAGGAGGCUACUUCAAUUUCCAGCCUUCUCCCACAGCCAUUGUUACGGAGAAGAUGGCCACGUUGGCUGCCCAAAAUUCCGCUACGGCUGUUGCGUCCGCUACUUCUGUACUAUCCACUACAACUGCGUCAACAGGGUCCACCUUGACUGGGGCAGUGGCCAACAUGGGGAUAACAUCCCAACUCGGUGCUGCCGUGGGAGCACUAGCUGUGACAGCUGCGGCACUUGCAUCGGGGAUUGGCAUUUCUCAAAGUUCAGGGUCCCCUGCAGCAGAAACCUCUUUCAAUCCCGUUGUCAAUGACACAUUUGUUCCGCCAAUCUGCUCCCAACCAGCCGAAAUCAAACAGGGCUAUGUCGAAUUUCAAAUUCAAUCUCUGCCUUCCAAUGCUUUGCCACAGCGCCAAUCUGAACUUGAAGCUCUAUUCCGAACAAUCUACAAUGACAUUACGGGCCAAUGCUUAGACCCUCUGCAAAGAGUGCUCCGCAAGGCCUCACUGGAACGUUGGGAGAGUGAGGAAGUAGGUCCGAACACCACUAUCACAACCUUGUUUUGGGAAGGUACAGUUGCAUGUAAUGGAUGUCCUGAUUGGGAGCCACUGUUUGACGUCCCAAGGAUUUCCACAGUGGACAUUUUCACCGAAUGGACUUUGGGAGGUGGAAACUCCUCAAGUUAUGCUUCUAACAUGACGAAGAACAACUAUACCAAUGAUUUCUUUGGUAUUUUUACUGCCACCUAUGGUUGUGCUCUGACGUCAAUGUUUGAACAAGCCAGUGAAGAUGCAGAUUCAUCAACCAGCAUCAGUAAUGACUUGCCUGAGCUGGUAGCUGGAAUGACAAGAACUGUUCCAGGCUUUGGCAACACAGGCUCUGUAUCUGUUGCAGAAAACCUGCAGGAUUACCAACAGUUGGUGAAUUCAAAAGGUUGCAACAUACAUAUUCCAUUCAUGGAGGAGGAACUCUCCUUGUUGGCUGAAUGCAUCAUUGGUUUAGAAUUCAGUAAGAAUACAAGCAAGCAGGGAUUUGCCUGUCAGCAUGUCCAAGACCUCAUGGUGGAUGAGGAAAGAUUGAUUGGUCCACAGGAGUUGGCAUUCUGCGUUGGAGAACCAACUGGCACAGCAGCCUGCCAGGAGUUGCUACGAGAAGUCAUGGGAAACAUUUCAUUUUCAGAGGAACAGGAACAGGAACCAUCUGGCUCCUUUCUGGUGAACUCAACCAGCACUUCUCAACUGGAUUCUAUCCAAACCGUGGGUACCAUGGAAUUUUCGGGAGAGGACAACAGCAGCAGUGAACCAAAUACAAUGAUUGUAUCCAACGAACCAGGAGGUCCUUCUGAUAUUCAUGCAUCUCCAAGCCUCUCCCCGUUGGGAAACCCUUCAAAUGACAUUUCAAACAAUGAUAUGCCAACCUCAUCUACAAGGAACACGGAUGGACCAACAAAUCUUCCAAGGCAUGAUGAUGAAAUCAAUCGAUUGGAUGCCGAGAAAACCCCCACAGAUGCCCCCUCCACAGUGCCCCCCAACAUCAGCCCAGCUCCAAACCCAAGCUCUGGGCCAGCCCCAACAAACCAGUAUUUCGCCCCAAGCACAUCUAGUGGCACAUUGGACCCAAGCAAUCGGGAUGCAGACUCCCUCAAACCUUCAAUCCAGGCAUCCCCCAACAUCGGCCCAGCUUCAAACCCAAGCUCUGGGUCAGCCUCAACAAUCCAGUCUUUGACUCCAAGUGCAUCUAGUGGCACAUUGGACCCAAGCAAUCAGGAUGCAGACUCCAUCAAACCUUCAAUCCACGCAUCCCCCAACAUCGGCCCAGCUUCAAACCCAAGCUCUGGGCCAGCCCCAACAAUCCAGUCUUUCACUCCAAGUGCAUCUAGUGGCACAUUGCACCCAAGCAAUCAGGAUGCAUACUCCCUCAAACCUUCAAUCCAGGCAUCCCCGACACAUCAGCAAGCCCAUACACCCACAGCCAUUGCCAGCACACCACAACCCACCAUAAAACUCAGCAGUGUUGAGCCAAGUCCAAUAGCGGCAGGUAACAAUCCUACAGCUACUUCUGGCUCCAGUGCAACCCCCGAAACAAUGCCCCCUACAACAAGGACACCGGCACCUAGCAUUUCUCCUCCGGGGGGAGGAUUUAGCGUACCUACUAUUCUACCAGGAAUACAGGAAAUCACAUUGUCACCAGAAACAUCAAUGGGUCUUUUGGUUUUCACCAACAACGCUCAUAUACCUUUGUCAGAGGGUGUGGGAAGCACACUAGCACCCACCGGCACAGUGUCGUUGUCACCAGAAACUGAGACUGAAUUGAAUAAUAAAUUUUCAGGGGGCAGUGAUGGACAGCUCACACCCAGUCCCACGGUGCCCCCUUCAAAGACAUCUAUUCCCACCUCUGCUCCAAUGCAAGGGCCAACGCAAGUGCCCACAGAAGAUCCCACACCUCAACCGUCUUCUGAACCAACUCCCAAUCCUACACCAAACCCAACAUUUGCACCAACCAGUUCACCAACCAGUUCACCAAGCAACAGGCCUACUCCCGAACCAUCUCCCUCCCCUACACCUGAUCCUACAUUCACUCGGACUCCAAAUCCCACCGAAAAUCCAACGGACCUCCCCACUCGUCAGCCCACACCAAACCCCACAUUUGAACCAACAAACAUACCAAUCAGCAGCAAUCCUCCUAGUUCAACUGUUGAAUUCAAUCCUUUACCUCAACCAACCCCCAGCCCCUCGAAAAACCCCACAGAGUCUCCUAGUCAGACGGCAUCGAUGCCUACGCUUGCCCUAACCAACUCUCCCAACAAUAACCCCCCUUCCAAUCCAACUUUUCAAACAAGUCCCAAUCCUGUCACUCCUUCUGCAGAAAGUCCAACACACUCUCCUACUGAUCCGCCAGUUCUAAACCCCAUGGUUGAACCAACCGCCACACCUAGUGCUCAACCUCCAUUUCAGACCAUUCUUCCAAAUCCCACAAGAAGGCCAACAAAUCAACCCACACCCUCUCCAACCCCAGAUCCCACAAGAAGGCCAACACAUCAACCCACACCCUCUCCAACCCCAGCUCCCACAAGGAAUCCCACAAGAAACCCAACAAACAACCCAACAAAGGCACCUACCAAGGCACCCACUAAAGCACCUACCAAGGCACCCACUAAAGCUCCCACAAAAGCCCCUACCAAGGCCCCAACAAUCUCUCCCACUAAGAAUCCAACAAUGAUGCCCACACCCAUUCCAUCAGUGGCUCCUAGCUUUGUCUCUGUCUUCACAGACAAGACUGCUCUUCAAACAGCUUUAGAAUCAGGGCAAUAUACUUCAGCUGGACCUUAUGGCGAUAUUACAGUUUGGGACAUUUCUGCGGUCACCAGUUUUAGCGGAUUGAUCAGGGAUUUAGCAGGCGUCGUUACAGUCGCUACAUUCAAUGGUGAUUUGUCCAACUGGGAUAUAAGUGAGGUAACUAAUACAAGAAACAUGUUCAAAGGUGCAACUGCAUUCAAUAUGCCACUUGCAGCGUGGGAUGUUUCGAAAGUAACAGACAUGAGAGGAAUGUUUGACGAUGCGACAGUUUUCAACCAAGAUCUUUCAACUUGGGACACAUCAAAAGUGAUAGAUAUGCAAGCAAUGUUCUUAAGCUCUGGUUUCAAUGGAGACAUUUCUGGCUGGAAUGUGGCCAAGGUGACCUCUAUGAGUCGGAUGUUUUACCAAGCAAGUUCUUUCAAUGUGGCAAUCUCUAACUGGGAUGUGUCCCAAGUUACAACUAUGCUAAGCAUGUUCAUGAGUACAUCAUUCAACCAACCGAUUUCCGGUUGGAGUGUUUCCAAGGUGACCACUUUUGAGGAGUUGUUCCGCCUGUCUCCGUUUAAUCAAGACGUUUCAAGUUGGGACACAAGUUCUGCCCUCAACAUGGCUAACAUGUUUAGAGCUGCAACUAACUACAAUCAGCCUAUGAAUGGCUGGGAUGUGUCUUUGGUGACAACGUUCAAUCAAAUGUUUCGGGCCUCUGCGUUCAAUCAAGAUAUCUCAGCUUGGGAUAUUGCUGUGGCUACAGCUCUUACCGAAAUGUUCCAAGAUAUUUCUGCAUUUGACCGUGAUCUUUGCCUAUGGGGACCCAAGAUUGUACUCUCCCCAGAUGUUACAAACAUGUUUACCAGUACAGCCUGUCCACAAGCUUCCGCUGUGGUUGACUUGACUGCAUCUCCCAAGGGCCCCUUCUGUUACACUUGCCCUUAA